CGGCCCUGAGCAGUGUCUUUAGUAAGCUUCAUUUUACAGUAAGAGAAUAUAGAGACCUCACCGCAGAGGAAAUCCGUAAGACUGUGAACAUCUACCGGUGCGAAGACCACAAGGACAAAGACUGUUUUGUUUGCUGUAUCCUGUCUCAUGGGAAAAAAGGCAUUAUAUAUGGUGUUGAUGGGCAGGAAGUACCUAUCCAGGAACUGACCACUUCUUUCACUGGACAGAAUUGCCACUCACUUGCUGGAAAACCAAAAGUCUUUUUUGUUCAGGCCUGCCAAGGUGAGGCUUGCCAGAAAGGUGUGUUCAUUGAAACAGAUUCUGGAGAGCAAGAUUCUUCUGUAGAAACAGAUGCAAGAUUUCAGCUCAACUGCAUCCCUGCAGAGGCAGACUUCCUCUUGGGCAUGGCUACCCUGCAAGAUUAUGUUUCCUACAGAAGCGCAAAGGAGGGGACCUGGUACAUACAGGCAUUGUGCCAGCACUUGGAGUACAGCUGUCCUCGAGGAGAAGAUAUUCUCACCAUCCUGACAGCAGUGAAUCAAGAGGUGAGCAGAAAGAGUUGCAAGCCGAAUGCAGAGAAGCAGAUGCCACAGCCCAGUUUCACAUUGAGGAAAAAGCUCAUCUUUCCUGUCACCUGAAUGGGAGGGAACUGCAUGACAGAGGGAGCUGCAGCAGCCUGGAA